AUGAAUUGGUGCAACGAAGAUGCAGAUAAAAAUUGGCACUGCGAAGUUUGUAGAGGUGCUAAGUUGGACAACGCCUACGCACGUGGACAUGACCAACCAGCAAAAACAACCAAUCAUCAGAGACAUGGCUUGUCAAAUCAGCACAAGGCCGCCUUGGAAAAGACAGUUCUGAGUUCCCAGGAACCCAUGAAGAAAAUUGUACUGGCCAAACUGUCCAAGGAUGACGAGCUUGGGGUCAAGCUCCUUAAGACUGCCUACCACCUGGCCAAGCGGGAGCUCCCCAAGGUGGAAUUUCAGUACCACCUCCAGCUUGCCAGGGCCAUAGGUGCUGAUCUCGGCUGACCUUGAGACCUACAUUGUGUAGACUGAUCAAGUGUAUAGUGCUUCUUGUUUUGAG